AUGCCCGCGGCCUUCACGUGCUUCAACAGCUACUUCGAGCGCAGGAGGACGUUCGCCAUGGGCCUGGUGCAGCUGGCGGUCGGUCUGGGCACGGUCGGCAUCCCGUUCAUGGCUCAGCAGCUGGUCGCCGCCAUAGGCUUCAGGACCACGCAGGGCGUGCUGUGCGCCAUCAGCGCCUUGCUGUUUCCUGGAAUUGCAGUGAUGAGGCCAAUUAAACACGCGGAAAAGCGUGAUGACCGCGGAAGCAAGCUAAACCCCGUGUCACAAAACAGUAAAACAGUGGAAACUUUCGCAGAAAAGGAGACCGAUACCAAAAAUGGCCCGGCGGUAGAUUACGCGGACAGGAAUAUCAUUAAGGCACAGAAGAUGAAACCUGAAAAUCAUAGUAACCCAGAUGUGUUGGGCAACGAUGUCAAAUCAUUAGAAAAAGGAAAGCAAGAUCUUGUGGAAAAGGAAACAAACUUUACGCUUAUGUCACAAUACAGGUUUGUGGUGGGGAAGAAUGUGUAUGAAUUCACGAACUUCUGGUUGCAGGACGAGAACAGCGGAAGCAAGAGGGUUCAGCGCAAGGACGCCAGAUGGCAGCCACGAGUCUCCGUCACCAGUGUGUCCAGCCUGCCCUUCCCAGACGCUGUGGUCACCACGCCCAAGAAAGCGUCGAAAAGCUGGUGGCUGACGGUAGUGGACCUGUUCGAUCUGAGACUGCUGCAAGACCUUCGCUGCGCCAACAUCCUGGUGGGCAUGGCGCUGUCGCUGUUCAUCGACCUGGUGUUCUUCACGCUGCUGCCGCUCUACCUGUUCCACAAGGAGUUCUCGCGGCAGGACUCGGCGCUGUGCAUGUCCGUGAUGGGCAUGGCCGACCUGGCAGGCCGCUUCAGCCUGGCCGUGAUCGGCGCCUGCUGUUCCCCCAGCAACAGGCUCAUCUUCCUCUGCAGCGCCACCGCCUCUGUCCUCCUGCGAACGUGUGAGUACUCCUCCCUCCAGGGUCACUUACCUGAGGGCAGUGUCACUAUCCUAUGCAUCACUUUGGAAGGCGGUCAAGUUUUGUGCUGUUCUCAGUAUCCAGUUCUACCAUAA